AUGACAAAGGACGAAGAGCAUUUUGAAAACCACAAGAUGUUGGAGAUAUCCGAUAAAUCCAGCAACAACAACGAACUGCCAGAAGAACAAACCAAUCUGACGCAAGACCUAGACGUAGCGUUCCAUCAAAGAAUAGAGUGCAAUGGUAGCCUAGUAGACGAUGACAGCGACAUGGAGUGCGGAUUAGGACCAUGCGCACCCAACUGGAUGCAAAAAUUCGCUUCCAAGCAGGCUUUCCUGCUCGUCUUUUGCAUAGCCUGGGUGCUGCAAGGCAUGUACCACACGUACUUCGUCAGUGCAAUAACCACCAUAGAAAAGCUAUUCCAAAUACAAUCGAAGAUCACCGGCAUCAUAAUGAGCGCCACGGAAAUCGGCCAAAUCGGUUCCUCGCUCCUUCUCACUUACUACGGGGGCCAAGGUCACAGACCCAAGUGGAUAGCCUGGGGCAUGGUUCUGUUCGCUGUGUCCUCCUUCACUUGCUCCUUACCCCAUUUCAUUUACGGCAAACAACUGAUCAACGCUAACGACUUCACCGGUAUAACUAAAGAGCCGAAUGUGUGCAGGACUCCAGCGAACAUCACCGUGUUGUUCCAGAGCGGUUCGGAUUUUUCUCUUUCUGAGAAUUUCACUGCCGGUAUUUCUUACGAUGCUCAGCAGUGCGAGGAGAGGAAGGCUACGGGUAAUACUGUGCAGCCUAGUUCGACCAACAUUGUGCUGUCCAUAUUCUUCGUCAGCUUAUUGGGGGUCGGGAUGGGCCAGACUGCUGUGUACACCUUGGGCAUACCCUAUAUCGAUGACAAUGUAGCCAGCAAAGAAUCUCCUCUGUAUUUCGCCAUUACCAUUGGAGUAAGGAUAUUGGGACCAGCUUUGGGCUUCAUAGUGGGCUCUUUGUGCACCAGUGUAUACGCUGAUCUGUCGGUGGAUCCGAAAAUCGAUUCUACUGAUCCCAGAUGGGUGGGAGCAUGGUGGCUUGGUUUGGUUCUGAUAUCCGGACUGCUGAUGUUGGCGUCUUUAGCAAUGUUCACGUUUCCUAAAAGGCUGCAAGGAUCCAAGCAGGCUACCAGAGUACAAAAUCCUGAUAAAAAACAUCCCAGCAUCAAAGAUUUUCCAAAAACUGUGAAACGGCUGUUGAAAAAUGAUAUUUUGAUGUUCAGGACAGCUAGUAGCGUCUUACAUAUUCUUCCCAUAGCUGGUUUGUAUACAUUCUUACCGAAAUAUCUGGAAACUCAGUUCAGGCUACCUACGCCUUCGGCUAACAUGAUAUCAGGAGUUGGCGGCAUUCUUGUGAUGGGAGUUGGAAUCAUAAUAAGCGGAAUAUUUAUUUUAAGAGUCAAGCCGAAUGCUAGAUUUGUUGCAGGAUGGAUUGCAUUCACGGCAGUUAUUUAUGCGAUAGGAAUGGGUAUUUUGAUGUUCAUAGGCUGCCCGACAGACGAUCUAGCGGGACUGAUGGAUAACAAGUUCGACAUGCAGCAGCUGACUUGCAACUCGACUUGCGAGUGCAGCACCGACCGACUGACCCCUAUCUGCGGCGAAGACGGCAUAACCUACCUCUCCCCUUGCCACGCGGGCUGCCAGAACUACACGAAAAAGGACGGCAAGAUCGUCGAGUACUCUGACUGCAUGUGCCUGAAGGCCCCCGGGGGCGAGCUGGGAAAGGCCAAGAUCGGGUACUGCAACCUCGAGUGCAACAACUUCAUCCUCUACAUCGUGCUCUUCUCGAUAUUCGUGUUCAUCCACUCGACGUCAGAGGUGGGUUCAAUGCUUCUCAUCCUGAGGUGCGUCGACCCCAGGGACAAGGCGAUGGCCCUGGGGCUGAUCCAGUUCGCCAUAGGGCUGUUCGGCAACGUGCCGUGCCCCAUCGUCUACGGGGCCGUAGUGGAUUCCGCGUGCCUCGUGUGGAAGAUGGCUUGCGGAGAGAAGGGCGCCUGCGGCCUCUACGAUUCCAACGUGUUCCGCAUGUUUUACCACGGUACUACAGGGGCCAUUCUAUUAUGCGCAUUUUUCGUUGACAUAUUAGUUUGGUACAAAGCAGGAAGUAUCAAUUUCGUCGACGAACAAGUGCCCUUCGAAGAAGAACUGCACACCAUUACGGGAAAAAUAAAAAACGAGCCAGAAUAG